CAUUAUCAAUUGCACUUUGGCAGUCAAUAAAAGCUGUUAAGAAUCGUUUCAAUUUUUUACUGGACUCUAGUGUUAAACUUCAUUCGGUUAUGCUGAUUUAGUUAACUUAUUUGUUAAGCUGAAUUAUAUAUUGAUGAGGAAUAUCGGCGUUUAUGGUAGUAGUGUUUAUCUGUAGUUAUGAGGAUGUGAAGUGCAAAACUGUUGCACCAGACAGCUUAAGAAAUAAAACAAUCAUAACAACGAGAUCAUGACACAGACACAGACGAAAGAUUUUGCAUGCAGGACAAUAUUUAGGUCACGUGAGAUAAGUGAGUCUUGAAACAAGAACAUUACUUCCACAAAUGAUGGAUUCGUUGUUAAAGGAAGGCGGCUUUUGGAACUGGCUAAAAAGUCACCUGGCAAUGGUUUUGACAAAACAAGGAAUAGAGUCGACUUUGGAAGACGAUUUAAAUAACUUUAUCCAAACAGUCCUUACAGAACACAAGAUAAAUAAAAGUUCCAUUUGCAGUUCAUGUACGACUGAACUUAUUUUGAGCUGUCCAACGAAAAACUUUUGUGUCAAGGGACGUCAAAAUAGAUGUGUUUCCCAUUGUUCAACGAUUCAAGGAGAGGUACCUGGAAGAAAUUGUGCAAAGGACAUAUGCCAUCAUAUCCGAGACAAAAUACGAAAACAGCACAGGCAGAUACCUAAUUGGAAAAGUACAGACGCAACAAGAUGGUGUACCGACUUAGUCGAAAUAGCGAAAUGUUUUGUGCCUCCUACAGACCGUUACAGAAAUGCCAAGAGCCUUAAAGAUGUGGAUUUUAAUGGGUUUCUUUCCAUACUUAUAUGUAAAAAAAGCUUUGGACGCACAAUGCCAAAUUUGCUCAGUGAAAAAGUAAAUAAGGUCACAAAGGUCCGUGAUAUGGGCAAUGAUAUAAGACAUUCUGGAGAUUUGAUUGUUUCACGAACAAAUCUAGAAACUUAUAUUGACAGUUUGAUAAGUCUUCUUUCCGAUGCUGAAUGUUUGGCUCAUAACGAAGCAGCACAAGAAGCAGUGAAACAGCUUUACUUGCUGAAGAAGAAUGAAGUAACCGUCCCCGUUGAACAUUUAAAUGAAGCGUUAGAGAAUGCCGGUGAAGAAAUAGACCAACACUUAAAUAAGAAAGACGCAGAAUCGACCACUGGAAAUGAAACAAAAAGGCAGAAUAAAGAAGAUGCGAUGCAAAUACCACGUAAGGUGAUAAACGAUAUAAAAACGGAGGUAGCCAACAAAGAAACUCUGCCACUUACACAAUUAGAUACCAUAGUCACAAUAAAGUUGCAAGCUCUUAAAGAAAUGAAGGAAGAAAUUAAAGGUGAAGUGGUCGAUGAAAUUCUCCGAAAGGGAAAUGCAAAUGAUUUUCCUCAGCAUGCCUAUCGUUUUGAUAUCCUUUCCUGUUUGAAAUACAAACACCUUUGUAAAAGGUUACGCCAUGAUUUGGUAACUUUUUACAGACGUUCCCAAGGAACAUUACCUAUCUCUCCGUUGAUAAUAGAAAAUGAUGUUCCGCUUGAAGAGGUUUACGUGCAGCCAACAAUCAGAUCAAUAGAAAUAACAAAUGCAUUCCUAGAUGCAAAUAAUGCUACAUCUAAACAUGAAACAACCGUAUACAGAAGUUUAUGUCAUUGCAAAGGCGGGCGUCGGAAAGACCUCAUUUGUAAAAAAGGUUUGCUUGACAUGGUGCCAGGCACAUUUGUCGGUUAUUAA